AGUAAGGAAGUCGCUCGCGCGCCCUGCAGCACCGCUCGGCGGCACCCGGACAUGCGGCACAACGCGCGGCCCCUGGGCGUGCUGGCAGCCGUGGCCAAGGGACUCCUCCUGCUCUGGGCCGUGCCCGCACGCAGCACUCAGCCCCCAUCCCCGCAGCAGACGCAGGCCUUGGUGCAGCUCAUGGCCGAGGACGCGCAGGAGCUCUUCAAACUCUACGAGCAGGAGCAGCACCUGCCCCACAACCUGUGCCGGGCCAACAGCUUGCUGGAGUGGCUGCGGGGGAAAAUGGGGCCACGGGAGAGGGAUCUGCGAGCUCUGCACAGCACCAUGACCCGCAUGGACCGGGAGCUGCAGGACAUCGCCCGGCACCAGGGCGACCUCCAUCCGCCCGAGGCCGCCAUCCUGCACCGCCUCCGCAGCACCCGCAUGAAGGUGCGCGGGCUGCUGGUCCACCUGCGGGGCACCAUGGAGGCCCGCGGCAUCGUCCCCCCCACCGCCCCCCCGCCCCGGCGGCCGGCGGCCAGCAAGGUGUUCCAGCAGAAGAUGGAGGGCUGCCGCGUGCUCUGGAGCUACACCCGCUUCAUGGACAAUCUCAGAGCACACAUGGAGGCUCAGGGCACGCGGGCACGGCGCGAGGAGAAGGGCCGGCGGAGAGGCAGGCGGAGGGGAUGGAGGACAAGCAGACCCUGAAGGAGACCUCCGUGCCAACGCCGAUCCUGCAGGGCCGCGCUCGGACGUAGAGCUGUGCCCGGUGCCGGCACCGGGGUCACUGUGGGGUGGUGACAGCCCGCCCUGACGGAUUUUCCAGUGAUUCAAUGGGUCCGGUGACACGGCCUGACUAAGGGGCCCAGCGCCCGCACACGGCACAGCACCGGCUGCGAGUGCCACCCGUCUGUCCCCCUGCAGCCCCACCACCAUCUCAGGGGGUUUGGUGACCCUGGAGCUCAGAGCCCCUGCAAGCCUGGUGCCCUCCCCACCUUGGUGUCCUUCCCAUCUUGGUGUCAUCCCCACCUUGACGUCCUCCCCAUCUCGCUGUCCUUCCCACCUUGGUGUCCUCCCCACCUUGGUGUCCCCACUCACCCGGUGUCUCUGUGAGCUUGGGGUCCCUAUUAGUUUUGGGUCCCUUCCCAUCUUGUUGUCCUUGGAGCUUUGUGUCCCCACUCCCUUGGUGUCCCUUCAAGCUUGAUGUCCCCAAUUGGUCAGUUGGUGACCCCACUCACUUGACAUCCCUAUGAACUUGGGGUCCCUGUUAGUUUUGUGUCCCUCCUGCCUUGGUGUCCCUUCAAGUUUGGUGUCCCCAUUCAAUUGGUGACCCCACUCACUUGACAUCCCUACAAGCUUGGGGUCCCUAUUAAUUCCAUGUCCAUCCUACCUUGAUGUUCCCACUUGACAUUCCCACUCGAUGUCCCCUCUCAGCAUCCUCAUGAGCACACUGAGCUCCCCUCCGUGCUCACCCCUUCUCUCUCCCUGUCCCCAUCAUCCCCGUGCCCACCCACCCCUCAUCACCCCACACCCCCAGGUGCCCCCCGGUGUUGGGCACAGCCCCGUGCUCUGGCAGUGGGCACCGACCCCCCAUAACUUAUACAUGACAGUGGUUCCUGUAUUUAUUGAAGCCAUCAAAUUAAUUUAACGCGUCCCCGCACUGGGGACGAAUAUUUAAGUUUACACUUUUAAUAUAUGGAUAUAUAUUUUAAAAUAUAUUUUAAAAUGGAUAUCUAUUUUUGCUAUUUUUUUUAUUGUAUUGUGUUAAAGUAUAAAUUUUAUUUAUGGAUGCAAAUAUUAUUUUGUACUGGAAGAGGGGCACCGACCCUUUAUUUUUCUAUGUCAACAGAUGGAAAUAAAGUCUUGACCUCGGCCUGUGUGCCGAUGCCUCUGUCCAGGUGUGUCCGUGUGUCUGUCCAUGGGGCCCAGGCAAACCCCCAACACAUCCUGUGAUUCCCUGGGAGCUUUUUGGGGCCCGGUGCUACCAGGAAUCCACCUAAGCAUGGGGGUGGGAUGGAGGACACAGUGAAAACUAAACGAAUUUGGGAACUGAUUGGCAAUAACCUGAAAGGAAAGUGAGGUCAGGAGGAGGAGGAUGGAGGGAAACAGAGUGGGCGCAGCGUGGGACAGCGUGGGGGGACGAAGGACACAAAGGAUGUGAUGGGGUGUGCAAUGUGUGGCUUGGGAUGUGGCACAGCAGCGUGGCCCUUGGGAUGGCGUGGGAUGGCAGCAUCAGGUGGCAGCUGGCACAGCGUGGGGUGUGGCGUGGCACAGAGUGGCACAGAGUGGGAGGAGGACA